GAAACUAUCGCACAAGGCACCGUUGGUCGGGUCUUCCGCACGCCACAACGUCCGUCGCGCCCAAACCGCAAACACCGUCGUUGUCGGUUAUUCGUCGCCGUCGUGUCGUCUCUCCGCGGAUUUCGCGUUCGAUCGUGUGAUAAACACUAAGGCAGAAAUAUUGAAAACCGAUAAACAUUUUCUCGAAUCGCGUCCGUUUUCAAACAGAACGAAUAUCUCACACGAUCGGCCGGCACGAUCGUCACCGUAACAUAAAUACCUAACAGUGCCUAAUAAGUAUUUUAUUAUUACGUCGUCGAGUGUAGACACGUCGUCGUUUCCACUCGCACAUAGUAAAUCCUUCGCGGGAUUCUUUUCGUUCUCUCGUCGUCCCCGAAACCACUGGCGCUCGAGUAUUUUUCAGCUACUACCGCCGCUCACCCGAAAAUGGAUGGCACCGCUUUUCGCGCCGUCGUCCUGUUGAUGGUAGCGGUAUUCAAGACACACGAAGUUUCUACUCAAGAUUACGAUGUGUCUGAGAUACAGUGUUCGUUUUCGACGGACUCGCUGAGGGUGGGCAAAGCACUUUUGGGAGUCAAAGACGUGAUAUCCGCCCGGCUAAAGAAACCCGAAGGGUUCAAGGGGCACCCGCUGUUUGCCGAUGAUCGGUCUGUCGAUCCAUUGAUCGAUCCAGUUUGUCAGAUACGACCCGAUUUAUCGGACGUGUCACUGCUGACCUACAACCUGUUAGUCACUGAUUUCACGCGGUGUGGCGUGCUCAGGCGAAAUGGUUUCGUGCACGUUCGAGUGUGGUUUCCGCAGUUCCCCGGCGUCGUUAUGAUGUCUGACCAAGAGCUGAUCAUUAUGUGCAAACCACCAGAACCGACUGUGAUCGAAAACAAAGCUGCAGGUUUCGCCGGAAGUUUCCCACAUGGUGCACGAGUGUCUGGAGUUGUUGAAGAGACGCCUGGAAGACUCGAAUACGAAGUGGCGUUAUACAAGGAAGCGCCAGCACGAUUGACGAACUUGAGCCACAACAGCGAACUUCCAGUCGACCAGGCCGUGCCCAUUGGUACCAAACUUCAACUCCGGGCCAGAAUCAACCCGCAUUCAGCUUGGAAAUUCGUCAAGUUGAUGGAAGUGUCCGUGUCUCCUGAUCCGGACAACGCACACGUAUCUGGUAGUGUUGCUUUGGUAAAAGAUGGAUGCCGGAAUCGAGAUUUCGCGACAAUCAUCCCACACCAACCAGCUAAGUAUCGGGAAAGGCACAACGAAGUUUUUUUGGACUUUGAAGCGUUCCUGUUGAGCACCAUGAAAGAGCGAUCGACAUUAUGGAUACACUCGCAAAUUAAAGCGUGUAUGGAUGCUAACGACUGUCAGCCGGAAUAUUGUCUGGACUUGUUCGAGCCUUCUGGACACGGACGCAGGCGCAGGAGGCACGUGCCGGGCGCUGGAAAUGGGACUGCAUUGCAGCAGCAGCAGACGUCAGCUGCCGAUGACCGGAACAUGACCAACUUCGCUAAGUUCAAGGAAAACAUCGAGUAUACAGUAAUCAUGCCCGAAGACAUAUACCAUGGUGCAGCAACCGCGUCUGAAAACAGUUGUGGGACGUUCCUUGCCCUGUCCGGGGUCUUGGGUUGUCUCCUGUUUGUAGCCGCUAUGAUACUGUGUUACCUAACGUCCCGACUGCAGGCAGCCAUCGGAUCCAAGUAUAGGACAGCACAACAGGACGCGUUCGGUAGUGGUCGGCUCCAUACCGGAACCGGUCAACCAUCAAAAUUUCCAGUGUCCUACGCAUCUGGCUCGUCGGUGUACUCAGGUCGGCUGCACUGAUUUUUGCCGUCCGAUCAGAUUCGUUUAUUAUUUUAAAUUUUUGUAUAUAAUUUGUUUUUCCUCUCUAUUACAACAGAACUUCUUAUACAUAUUAUAGACGCUUGAUUCAUAAUUCAAUUCAUACACGAUCGUUUUUAAAUUUUAAAUUUUAGAUUUUUUUUUUAACUUCUACGUACAAAACAUUUUUUAUACUGGUAAUUAAGUGAUAACACGAUAUUACUGCAGAACGAUUUUAACAGUGAAUAUUCGCAUAUUGUGCCAGUAAAUACUUUUCUGAAAAUAACGAAUUAAAAUUUUUUUAUGACAGUGGUUUUUCAUUCUUUUUUUUCUUAUUUAAAAUGUAUAAUUUAAAGUUUUUUUAUGAAAAUAUCGAAAAAUAGUUAUAUUUUACUAACAAAAGUUUAGAGGAGAGAUGAGUGAUGGACAGUGAGUUCGAAUUUUAUUUUCAAACAUUGAUUGAGGUAAUGAGUGUUUGUUGUUGAAAUUAUUACUUUGUUUAUAAAUUAUGUUUAAUUUGCAUAUGUUUAAGCCAUGGUUGAAACUCCAUAAAAUCAUCGGUUGAGGGGUGCAGAAAUGUACAGAUACACGAUCGGCUUUGCCAAAGGUUUUUUGACUGUUUGAUAUUCUAAAUAAACCGUCUUUUCACCACUAUGCUUUUGCAAAAAUUCAAAUACUAUAAUGAAAUCAAAUCGAUAGAAGAUAUGAAAAAAUGUUCUAUAUUAUUAUGUCGGUCCUUAUAGGUUUGACAACAUUUUUUUCAACUUUAUUUCUCGACACCUUGGCAUUAUGUCAACCGUUGGUUUUAUACUCUAUACCUUCGUUAGAUGUGUCAUAACUGUACCUAACCUCAUAAAAGUAACCACGACGAGUUGAAUUGAAUCAUGAUUUAAACGAUACUAUUGCGUUCAUUUUGGUCAAUUGACGCAUAGUAUGAUAAUAUUAUUAUAAUAUGAUAUAGUACAGUGAUGUUAUUGCGGUCACUGUUUGGCAUAAUGUUAAGUUCUGGUCAACUAAGCUCGAUAUUAUAUAAAAUAUAAUAUAAUUUAAUUAUUAAAAGAAUUUUAUUGUCCGAUGAUAUAUUAUUAAAUUAUUUAUGUUAUCGUCUGGACGCAUAUCACCGCUCUUUUACUUAUUAUUUCAUUUAAGUGCAUUUUAACAAUUAUUUUUAAGGUAUCUUAU